CAACUUUUAAAGUCAAAAGCACCGAAGCUCUCUGUAGUACAGAAAAAGAAGCAUUGUUCUCUCCACUCCUCAACAUCGACGUAAUCUCUAUAUUCAAGAUGGUCGCCCAACCCGCCGUUCGCGCUGCCCCGCGCAUCACCUCCAUGAUCAGCCGCCGGGCCUUCCACGCCACCCGCGCCCGUCUCUCCUCCCCGUACCACUACCCCGAGGGCCCCUAUUCCAACUUGCCCUUCAACCCCAAGACUCGAUUCUUCGCUUUCCGAUACUGGGCCUACAUGUUCACCGGCUUCUUCCUCCCCUUCGGCAUUGCCGUGUGGCAAACCAAGAAGCCCAAGGCUUAAGUUAUAGCCAUUGGUUGAGCAUGAACCAAGUUCAGUGAGGCAGGUCGAGAUGAGGUGUUGACUAGGCGGGGACGGCAAGAAACACAAACAAUGCAAGCUGUACAUAUACAUACAUGACAAUAGACAUAAAGGUCAUCGUCGAACAUA